GCCAGUAACUUGCUUGCACUGUAGGAACCGCGGCUACCGUAGGAAACCCGGAAUAUUUGUCAUAAUGCAUACAAGUAGUAAAGCAAAUGCCGUAAAAUGUGAAAUAUUUGGAGCAAAAAAGUAGUAAAAGAGUUUUACUGCAGGGUUUGGGUGUCCUUUUAUACUAAUUUUAGCCAAGGACAUGAUACUAUUUAAUAGCUAGCUUGUGAGCUACUUCGAGUUUUUGCUGACUUAACGUGCAGCCCUUAAUAGUGCGACCUUACUAUGGACAAUAGCACCAUUUAUGUCCGAGAAAGAGGAAGUCUUCGUCGUGUCAGUGACAUAGUCCUGGCACAGCCAAAGCCAGCGUUAUCGUGCAGAAGGACAAAUCCGUUUGUGCCCAGAAAAGAGCAUUUUAUAUUCACCUACAAUGAAGAGGGAAGUCUGCGAUAUACCACAAAAUCUCUCUUUGACAUCACUUUGUUGUUUGUAGUUGACAAUAUUCAUCAUGUAGACUCUCUGAUUGGCUUCCCUGAGCAAAUAGGUGAUAAACUUUUUGUAGCAGCUGAGGAAAAUCGUGUAUUCUUAAACCCAGAAAUUUCUUCAAAAGCCCUGCAGUUAUUCAGUGAUGCAUAUGGAAGCAUGGUACUUGAAUCACUGUGUUUACGAAACAGGUUUCCACUUCUGCACGAGCGAAUGGAUGAAAUAAAAACAUUUCAUAAUUUGAAGUCUCUGGAUUUGUUUGGCUGCAAACUGGGUGACAAUCAUGAGCUUUUUCAACAUCUAACAUCCACCUCACUGGCAAGGAGCCUGAUUCAACUUUUCAUCGGUAGUAACAGCCUGUCAGAUGCUGGCCUCCAACGACUGACCGCACCUAUCCGUAUGAUGCACAAGGGACUGGACUGUCUUCAGCUUCUGGAUAUUUCCUACAACAAUAUCUCAGAGAGGGCUCUCGAAUACCUCACAUGUCUCCCAAAACUUGCAAAUCUUGAUGUAUCUGGAACCAGUUUGAAGCUUGGCACAGGAUUGAAGGCAACAAUGUCGAACCUGUUAGGACUAAUUUAUUCUGAGAAACCACUGGCUGCCUUUGAUCACUCAAGAUGCAAGACAGAAGGUUGGGCUGAACAGGUUGUAAACCAGUGGGAAAUGAAUAGCUCACUAAUGCCAAAACAGAAAAAAGUUGAAGACUCAAGAACAUCGGCACUUCGUUUUUUUGGCAGGCAGAAGUUUGUCAGAACGGUACUGAAUGCAACACCUCUGACUCAUAAGAGCACGGAAGAGGAUAAGAGUGAGAGACUCCAUUUCUACAGACCGGCGAACAAUGACGUAAGAGAAAAACAGGUUCCCUCCAGGACAAAUGACUUAGAGAAUCCCUGCCAUGAUCCCAGAAAAAGGAGGCUUCAGUCGGAAACGUGUGACACUUCAAAUGAAAGCCCUCCGGGAAAAUGUUCGUCCUCACCAACUCUUACUGCAGAGGACAUUGACUUGUUGAACAGCUAUUAAGGCAUGCGUCCAAACUAGCACGCAGGUUGAAGAGCUACUUGAACAUGUCAAUGAAUAGGUUGCCUUUAGACUCAAGGGAAGGAAGAUGGUUUCCACUGGUUAUAAUACAAAAAUGUCUUUUGGGAUUAAAUUGAUAAGGUUUGUAUAUUUUUUAACAAUAAAGUAUUGUUUUUGCA